AUGACCAAUGCCCGCUACAGGUCAAUCUUUGGCGCUCCCUGGGCCCUCUAUGUUAACUUUAUAAGCCGCGCUAUCCAUGCUUUAGCGGCCAUGUACAUACAUAACUGGCGAUAUUUGCAUCUGAUUGUGGUCGCACCACCAUGUUUCGGUGUCGUUUUGCUCUACUUUCUACCCGAAUCACCUCGGUGGCUCGUCUCACAAAAUCGGUUAGAUGAAGCUGUUUCCACACUCUACAGAGCCUACAAAAUCAAUAAUCUAUUAUGUAGCAAGCGACGACCGAUCAUGACCAGAGAUGAGUUUGCCAAGGAACUAAACUACGAGCCAACACCGGUUUGCCGACGAUCUCUGAUCCAACGCCUCACUCAACGCUGUGGACGGUGUCCUCAACCUUGUGAUCAGACAGUGUGUUUGAAGGCAUGUGAGGCUGUCACCGGACCCUACCAGACCGCGGAGAUAGCCAAACGAAGCAUCCUCUCGACUGGCCUAUUUGCUGGACAGUUGUGUUGCUUCUUCGGUCUUCUCUACUACACCCGAGUCAUUCGGGGUUCUAUCUACCUAAUAUCCUUCGUCAAUGCUGUCACAGCAGUGCCUGCUUCCAUCCUCUCUACCAUCCUCUACAGUUGCCUGCGAAGCCGUCGCAAACCACUAGUAGCUCUCUACUCGCUAGCAGCAGUCAUACUACUCAUUGGCAGCCUCUAUACAGUCAUCAUUCAACCCUCUUCAGAGCUGGCGCUUGUUGUCUCCUGCAAUCUCUCUCUUGUUCUGUUGGGUGCUACCUUCAACAUGAUCUUCAUCUAUGUGCCUGAACUGUUCCCAGCAGUCAUUCGGACCAAGGCGCUGGGCAAUGCAUCUGGUCUGGGACGGGUGGGCAGUAUAAUAUGCAGCUUCAUCAAUGAACUCGAUCAGAAAUUUAGGCAUGGCCUUCCCGUCGUCAUCUACGGCUCAAUUGUUCUAGCGGAGGUGAUGCUACUUUACUGCAUUCCGGACACAACAGGAGAUAAUAUAAAGGACAAAUUGGAUGAUGACACAUCAGAGGCGAAAGUAGAUGCUUGA